AGUUUCCCACUGCGUCUGUUUGUCCUGUGGGUGAAGGUGUUGUGACCUCAGCACAGAUCCCUUGAAACCCAUAAAAACCUCCUCUCAGCACUUCACAUAAACUCCAACAGCCUUCUCGUUUCUCUGGGUUUCUGUUCGGACGGUCCCGCUAUGCACCUCCGGUUUCUUCUGUGCGUAACGGCGCUGAUCUCCUCCUGCUUUCUGCUGUCCGAUGCGCGCAUCGCCAAACGGUUCGCCAUCGAUUGUCCAGAGAGCUGCGACAAGUCUCAGUGCCCGCAGAUCCCCGCAGACUGCCUGGCCGGAGAUGUGCUGGACCGCUGCAACUGCUGCCCGGUGUGCGCGUCCGGCGAGGGCGAGCAGUGCGGCGGCCCCGGGGACCAGGACUGCUCAGAAGGGAUGGAAUGCUUGGUGACUGACGGCGUGGAGGUGUCCGCCACCGUGAGGCGGAGAGGCAAGGCCGGCGUAUGCGUGUGCAGCAGCUCCGAUCCGGUGUGCGGCAGCGACGGUGUUUCCUACCGGAACAUCUGCGAGCUGAAGCGCGUCAGCAACCGGGCCAUGAAGCUGCAGCAGCCGCCGAUCAUCUUCAUCCAGAGAGGAGCCUGCGGGAAGGCUCAGCUGAACCCUGACAGUCUUCGGUACAAAUACAACUUCAUUGCUGAUGUGGUGGAGAAAAUCGCUCCUGCUGUUGUUCAUAUUGAACUCUUCCGCAAGAUGAUGUUUUCUAAGAGGGAGGUAGCUGUAGCCAGCGGUUCUGGUUUUGUUGUGUCCGAGGAUGGACUGAUUGUCACCAACGCCCAUGUGGUGGCCAAUAGGCACAGAGUGAAGGUGGAGCUAAAGAGCGGUGCCACAUAUGAUGCCAAAAUCAAAGAUAUUGACGAGAAAGCAGACAUCGCCCUAAUCAAGAUCGACGUGCCGACGAAGCUGCCUGUGCUGCUCCUCGGUCGCUCUGCAGACCUGCGUCCUGGAGAGUUCGUGGUUGCCAUUGGCAGCCCGUUUUCCCUGCAGAACACAGUCACCACCGGGAUCGUCAGCACCACCCAGAGAGGAGGCAAGGAACUGGGCCUUCGCAAUUCAGACAUGGAUUACAUUCAGACGGAUGCCAUUAUUAAUUACGGAAACUCAGGAGGGCCAUUAGUCAAUCUGGAUGGGGAGGUGAUUGGGAUCAACACUCUGAAGGUCACUGCAGGAAUCUCCUUUGCCAUCCCAUCAGACAAGAUCCAACAGUUCCUGGCAGAGUCACAUGACCGGCUGGCCAAAGGGAAAACAUUCCCAAAGAAGAAAUACAUCGGUGUUAGAAUGAUGAGUCUCACUCCAACGCUUGGGAAGGAACUGAAAGAGAGGCAUUCAGACUUCCCUGACGUCACUUCGGGGGCGUACGUCAUCGAGGUCAUCUCCCGAACCCCAGCUGAGGCAGCUGGCCUGAAGGAAAAGGAUGUCAUAAUCAGCAUCAACGGAGAGCCCGUCACCUCUGCCAGUGAUGUCAGCAACGCCAUAAAGCGAGACGACAAACUGCAAACGGUGGUGAGGCGGGGUAAUGAGGAUGUCAUCCUUACCAUUCUCCCUGAGGAGAUUGACCCUUGACCUCUCACUUGACAAAGUAGCCAAUCAGCGUGAGAGCUGGAGCAGUCAACCAAUCGUGAGCUGGCUCUCGGAGCUGCCAGACUAAUCAUGAACACUGAAUUAAACAAGCAUCUUUUGGUGGAUGCCUGUGUGCGAGGCUGCAUCUAGAUGUUCACUUUUCUUCCUAAUCCUUUGCUCAUUUUGAGAGGCUCAUUACUCUGUAGACUGAAGUUUUGCCUUGUCGACAUGUUAGCUCUUUCUCUAAUGUUCAUUUACCUUCCAUCAUCACUCAUCUUCUAUAACAUACUAACACCUGUUAAUACAGAGAGGUUACUGCAGGUCACUGUAGUUCACCAUGUACUGUAUAUUCAUGAGGGAAUAUUUUGUGAAAGUGUUGUUUUGUCUUUACGUUUGAUGACAAUGCUGUCAAAAACAGAAAUAAAAUUAUUUUUGAAAAAAAUGUAGCAUUCUGAUUUCAGCAACAGAGUUUUCUGCUAAAGGUGAGUAAAAGGCAUGAAAAUAAAUUCAUCUUUUAUGUGUA